UAAAACCGGAAGCCGAUUGAGUUCGGUCUCUGAAGAAAUUGAAGAGAGAAGGAAAUACAAAUGAAAGUAUCCAGAAUGUUUUCAUCGACCAUCAAAGGAGCCUCUCAUCAGUCUCCAUCUCUUCCCUCUUCUUUCACUCUCCAAACCAAUCUCCGGAACUCGAUUUCUCUUAAACUAAAACAAUCUUGGUUCGCCGGGAAACGAAAUCUCUGCGCCAUGUCUGCCUCCAGUUCCGGAAAUGAGCUCUUCGAUCCGUCUUUCAAGGGAGCUGAAUCAUUUUUCAGGAGUGUCUUGGCGAGUAUGGAAACUGUUUAUAUUAACAGAAACCCCACUGCAAAAGCUGUAUUGGAGCUUGUCCGGUCUGCUGAUGAUGGUGAUGAAGUCUGCUAUGAUCAUAUAGCUUUUCGGACAUUUGGCGUGAAGGGCCAUGGGAUUGGCUCAAUUGCUAGUUUUUUCCUGGAUUAUGGAUAUACACCUCAGGAUGAACUGUUUUUUCCGGCAAAGAAAUUGAAAGCUCUGUGGUUUUCUCCUCCAAAUAUUCCACAACCGUCUGGUGGAGGUGGAAUUAAUGGACCUCUGCCUAGAAUAUUUAUAUCUGAACUUCUUGUUGAUCAGAUGAGUUCACACGCCCAGAAAUGGUUCUUUCAGGAAAUAAUUGGGGAAUACAUUGAAGUAUCUGGUAGUAGCUACAAACACGCAGCUCUAGCAAGUGCUUUGGGAUCUUUAACAUGGAAGAAGCCCUUAUAUUCUGAGUUCCAACAAUUAGCAAGGGAGAGUGAAUAUGCUGCAUGGACCCUUGUUAAUGGGUAUGCAGUGAACCAUGUCACCAUAUCCGCUCAUCGGCUGAAAUCCCACUUGAGAAGUAUCAAAAACCUCAAUCAAUUUAUUGAAGAAAGGGGAUUCCAAUUGAAUUCUGAGGGUGGUGUGCUUAAAGUUAGCCCCGAUGGAUUUCUGCUGCAAAGUUCAACUGUUGCAGAUUCGAUUUCCUUCCAAUUUUUUGAUGGUGUCAUUGAAUCAGUCCCCUGUUCAUACAUCGAGUUCGCUGAACGCCUUGUGCUGCCUCAGUAUAAAAAUUUACCUGAGAAAGAGGUUAAAGAGUUCCACAGACGUGAUGGAUUUGAAGUUGGGAAUGCUGAUAAGAUAUUUGAGAGCACAUCCAAAGAGCAAUUGACGAGGAGAGCUGCAUGAGGUACAGAGAAUUCAUCAAAAGAAAUUGCUGUGCAAGCAUUACCCUUGAAAUGAUAGCAAGGAUCUUGCUAAGAUGCUAAGGGAUACAUGUUAUUAUGAUAGUGAAAGGCACUUGAGAAGCAUGUAGAUAAAUAAAUCUUGCUUAUAAUAUAGAAGAGAGACAGAUUUGAAUGAAUUGAGCUAUAGACAUCUUCUGCAAUUUAUUUAUAAUCGUAACUGCAAUAAGAUUUCCCGGAA